ACGCACGCACGCACGCCCUCCUCCCUGCACUCUAGUGCCGCCGAGGCCGCUCGGGCGUACACCAGCAAGCGCCGUCCAUUCAGGAGAGAUGCUCCGGGCUUGUCAGUUGUCCGGCGUGACGGUUGCGGCCCAGAGUUGUCUGUGUGGGAAGUUUGUCCUCCGUCCAUUGCGACCAUGCCGUAGAUACUCUACUUCACGCAGUUCUGGGUUGACUGCUGGCAGAAUUGCUGGGGCUGGCCUUCUGUUUGUUGGUGGAGGUAUUGGUGGCACUAUCCUAUAUGCCAAAUGGGAUUCACAUUUCCGGGAAAGCGUAGAGAAAACCAUACCUUACUCAGACCAACUCUUUGAGAUGGUUCUUGGUUCUGCACCUUAUACUGUUCCAUUGCCAAAGAAGCCGAUUCAGUCUGGGCCACUAAAAAUUUCUAGCGUAUCAGAAGUAAUGAAGGAAUCCAAACUGCCUGCCUCACAACUCCAGAAACAGAAGGGAGACACUCCGGCUUGUGCAGCACCUACAGAGGCAGCUCAAGUUAUUUCUGCAGCAGGUGAUACACUUUCUGUCCCAGCCCCUGCGAUUCAGCAUGAGGACUCUGUAAAAACUGACGAUCCUGUCAUUGUUGGAGGAAAACCCACACCUGUAACCUCAGAGGAAGCAUUCUCACCUUCUGUAAGGGAGCGACCACCUGAAGAAGUCGCAGCUCGCCUAGCGAAACAGGAAAAGCAAGAACAAGUAGAGAUGGAGUCUUUAGCCAAGAGCCUAGAAGAUGCUCUGAGCCAGACUGAGUCUGUCACUUUGCAGGCUAUUACAGCCCAGAAUGCUGCAGUUCAAGCUGUGAAUGCACACUCCAAUAUGCUGAAAACAGCCAUGGACGAUUCUGAGAUUGCAGGUGAGAAGAAGUCUGCGCAGUGGCGCACCGUGGAGGGCGCACUGAAGGAGCGCAGGAAGGCAGUGGACGAAGCUGCCGAUGCCCUUCUGAAAGCCAAAGAAGAAUUAGAGAAGAUGAAAAGUGUAAUUGAAAAUGCAAAGGAAAAAAAGGUUGCUGGGGCCAAACCUCAUAUAACUGCCGCAGAGGGAAAGCUUCACAGGAUGAUAGUUGAUCUGGAUAAUGUGGUCAAAAAGGUCCAGGCAGCUCAGUCAGAAGCGAAGGUUGUGUCUCAGUAUCACGAACUUGUGGUCCAGGCCCGGGAUGACUUUAGAAGAGAACUGGACAGUAUUACGCCAGAAGUUGUUCCUGGAUGGAAAGGGAUGAGUAUUUCUGACCUAGCCGACAAGCUCUCUACUGAUGACCUGAACUCCCUGAUUGCUCAUGCACAUCGUCGCAUUGAUCAGCUCAACAGAGAGCUCGCACAGCAGAAAGCCACAGAGAAGCAGCACAUCGCCUUAGCCUUGGAAAAACAAAAGCUGGAAGAAAAACGGGCUUUUGAUUCUGCAGUGGCAAAAGCAUUAGAACACCACAGAGGUGAAAUACAGGCUGAGCAAGACAGAAAGGUAGAAGAAGUUAGAGAUGCCAUGGAGAAUGAAAUGAGGACCCAGCUUCGCCGACAAGCUGCUGCCCAUACUGAUCAUUUACGAGAUGUCCUUAAGGUGCAAGAACAGGAGCUGAAGUAUGAAUUUGAGCAGGGUCUGUCUGAGAAACUCUCUGAGCAAGAAUUAGAGUUCCGUCGUCUCAGUCAAGAGCAAAUUGACAACUUUACUCUGGACAUAAACACUGCCUAUGCGAGACUGAGAGGAAUCGAGCAGGCUGUUCAGAGUCAUGCAGUUGCUGAAGAAGAAGCCAGAAAAGCCCACCAACUCUGGCUUUCAGUGGAGGCAUUGAAGUACAGCAUGAAGACCUCCUCUGCAGAAGCACCCACUAUUCCACUGAGGAGUGCAGUUGAGGCCAUCAGAGUCAGCUGUCCUGAUAAUGAAUUUGCCCAAGCUUUAACUGCAGCUAUUCCUCCAGAGUCCCUGACCCGGGGGGUUUACAGUGAAGAGACCCUGAGAGCUCGUUUCUAUGCUGUCCAAAAAGUAGCCCAAAGGGUAGCGAUGAUUGACGAAACCAGAAAUAGCCUGUACCAGUACUUCCUUUCAUACGUGCAGUCCCUCCUCCUAUUCCCACCUCAGCAGCUGAAGCCGCCAGCAGAGCUCUACCCGGAGGAUAUAAACACGUUUAAAUUGCUAUCAUAUGCCUCCUAUUGCAUUGAGCAUGGUGACCUGGAGCUGGCAGCAAAAUUUGUCAAUCAGCUGAAAGGGGAGUCCAGAAGAGUGGCACAGGACUGGCUAAAGGAAGCCCGAAUGACCCUAGAAACUAAACAGAUAGUGGAGAUUCUGACAGCAUACGCAAGUGCUGUAGGAAUAGGAGCCACUCAAGUGCAGCAAGAAUAAGGCCUAGGAAGAGCUGUGUAAUGUCACAUUUCAUAUCAAAGGAAAUGAGCAUUGAUAUCUGAAGGGUUUGCGACAAGGGUCCCAGAAUUGUCUAGAAGUGAACAGGUUCCAAGUGCUCAGUGUUAACACCUGUUGCAUUUAUUGUCCUUACACUUGCUAUCAUGUCAAUGAACUUCAGGAGUGCUUUAUCUGCAACUUGUGUAACAUUUCCUGCUUUUCAGGUUUUACUGAUCAGGCUUGAGCCACUCAGAAUAAUGUUUGUGAUCCCUACUAUUGAUUCUGCCCUUGGAGCAAACUGAAUAAAGCAACACAGUGAAAACCAAAUAUUCU